AUGCUUCGGAAGACGUCAAGCUCAGACACAUCAAAGCAGCAGGAAUGUAACGAAGUUUCAGUGAUAUUGGAAGAAGCCAAAACGGAGACGAAGAUGUCGAAAUAUGACCUGACUUUGGGCUUGAAGAAUGGUGUUAAUUUCGAUGCCAUGCCAAUCGAGGCAAGCGAACUCAGUAUUUCCAAUUCAACAAGCCAAUUCUUUUGCCGGUUCGAUCCCAUGACGAAAAAUGGCAAACUAUUGAUGCUGCUGUUCGACUGCGACGGCAAGUCGACACUUCAGGAAAUGAGUCGACUUGAUGUACUGCGUAUGACCCAAGAAGCCGCUAAAAUCACGAGUGAGCCUAUUGCUAAAGCAUCUUCAUCAAGGAGUCCGAACUGUCGACGACCGUGUUUGCACGCUCAGGCAGGGCUAGAUAGCGGUCCAUCGAUAUGUGACGUUCAACCUGUGCACACGAGAGACAUUCGUAGGAUGGAGAAUGUAUUCUCCACAUCAAAUGAGCCUUCGAUUAUCCUUCGAAAACAGGCGGUAUUCUUCAGCGCAGAUCCUCUCCGCGCUAUCAUUCUUAAGGAUACCUGUUUGGUCUACGUUCCUGACGGAGCAGACAGUCUAAUCUCUAUGCUUCAGCAGGACUUUCGAGCUCAUGCGCAAGACAGUGCGGACGCUCCGUUUGAGUUCAGAGCGUUAGAGGCAUUACUAGCCACUUUAGCACGAUACUUCCGAGCUCAAUUCGAUCAAUUGUCUCCUACAAUUGUAUCUGAUCUGGAGAAUCUUGUCGUCGGCAAUCUCGACUCACGUGAGCUCGAGCGUCUACGCGAAUUUAAAAACAUAAUGAACGAAUUCGAGGCACAGGUUGAUGGCGUGCGCCGUGUGCUGAUGGAAUUGCUGGACAACGAAGAAGAUCUUCGACUUCUGUACCUCACUAAAUUAUAUGACGAACCCGACCUUUUGUUUGACUUGUGGAGCUUCGACUCCGAAGAAGCCGAAGUGCUGAUCGAAAACUAUCUUCAAGACAUUUUUUCCACCAGUACAACAGCUGAUCUGCUGCAGCGCCGCAUUGCAAACACAGAAAGUCUCGUGACUUUAAGACUUGACUCGAAACGAAAUUAUCUGCUACGAGUGCAGCUUAUUUUUUCGCUUGUAAUAAUCAAUCUUUCUGUUGGAACACUGAUCUGCGGGGUGUUUGGCAUGAAUCUCACCUCGGGCUUGGCAGAUGCUUCGGGAUGGUUCCUGGGUGUAGUUAUCUUCACUGCUCUCCUUUUCUUCACAACAACACACGCUGGUAUCGUUUUUUUUAAGCAGAAAGGGGUGAUGCUCAAGUAA